UGGAACAAUGUUUAAGCUAACCCCUUUAAAUUAUAGUAAAACUAAGCUGAUAACGAAGCAGGUUGCCUUAUUCUCGAAGGAUAAACUCCCCCCUCCACCAGCCUUCAAGUGCAAAGUGGCCAUAGUGACCGGAGGAGCAGAAGGGAUAGGUCUUCAGAUAGUAAAAACCCUUUUGAAAAAUGGAGCUAGAGCUGUGGUUAUAGCCGAUUCGAACGAGAAGAAAGGCUUGGUGGAAAUGGCCGCUUUAAACGUUAAAUUCGGCGCGGACAAAGCCUUGUUCCAAAAAGUGGAUGUGGGUAAACGAGACCAACUACAAGGGGUUUUUGAUUGCACGAAAAAACGCUUCAAUAAAAUCGACUUGGUGGUGAAUAACGCCGGUCUGUGGUGCGAUAUACAUUGGGAGAAAACCAUGUGCACCAACAUGUUUAGCCAUAUCGUGAGCACUCAGCUAGCUAUACAUCACAUGGGGAAACAUAACUGCAUGAUGGGAGGUGCUGUUGUCAACAUCAUGUCUGUGUUUGGUUUGGGGUUGGAACCUUUUUAUUUCCCCAUUACUUUUGGCAGUAAUGCUUUCGGUAUCGGUUUCACAAGAGCGAUGGGUAACGAAUGGUACUUUAAGAAAAGCGGGGUUAGAGUUAUGGGGCUGUUGCCUGGAUUGACUGAAACGAAGAUGGCGCAAGUACGACGACUUAUGGAUGUAAGGGGCUACCAGGAUGUUGGCGAUUUGAGGCCAGAAAUAGUUAAAAUGACCAUGGAUCCUGUGCAACCGGUAGAAAAUGUAUCCAAAUGCUUGAUGACGAUGCUAAAAAUUGGAAAGAGCGGUGAUAUUUUUGUCAGUGAGGAAUGCGAAUGUUACAAAAUAAUACCAACAAGUCUUAAAGAGUAUGAAUUGAUAACCUGUGGUAAAUAUAUUGCACCACCGACCAUAGGGGUAUGUCCUGAACCACCCAAACCGAAACCAAAACCUGAACCCCCAAAAGAGAAACCUUGCGAGCCCGAGCCCAAGCCCAAACCAUGCCCCGAACCCCCAAAGCCUAAUCCCUGUGAUGUUCCCAAAGCCAAAGCUCCGCCCAAACCCAAACCUAAACCUAAAUCCAAAGACCCUUGUGAUGCUCCAGAAUCCAAAGGGCCGCCAAAACCUGAACCCCCAAAACCUAAAUCUUCCGACCCUCCCGGAUCCAAAGGGCCGUCAAAACCUCCCAGUGAACCCCCAAAACCCAAAGAUUGUGAGGAUCCUGAAUCCAAAAAUCCACCCAAAAAGUGACUGUUGUCUAAAUUGUAGUAGUUUUGGUCCUGUCAAAUAAAGAAAGUUGUGAUUUA